AUGUACCGCAUUACUUAUUGGCUACUUUAUGGUCACUACUGUUACUCGCUCGUGCUGGGCACAUUACAUUUCCGUUAUGAUUUCAACAACAACAAAGCGUACAUCACUCCUUUCAUCACAUAUUACACCGCUGUUAUGAAUGUGCUGGCUUUAACAACAUUGCCUUGGACUUACUACACAGCUGUAUGUACAUUUCUGCAAAAGGAGCGUGUGGGCCGCCCGGUCCUCUAUAUCUUUAUAGCAGUCAAAACACUGCGUUUACUGGCUGUGGCGCUGGUCAUCGUCUACAAUUGGCAGCGGCGUCGUGAUAUCUUGAAGUUUAUACGGGACAUUAACCAUUUGCGUUGCGUUUACUUCGCACGCUUUCCAGUACCGUUCGAGUGGCAACGACGCUUCGAAAUGAAGAUCAUAAAAAAUAUGCUCUCUGGUGUAGUCGUCGAUGCCUUAAGGCUCAUCAUAGUGCUUGGUGUGUAUAAAAAUCACAUGAACGCGUCCUUCGUUAUCAGCAACGUGUUGUUCUCUCUCAUCUCCAAUAUUCUCUAUUUGAAUAUGAGUCACUACUAUUUUUUCAUGCAAACCAUUAUACUUUUCGGAAAUGUGUUAAAUCGCCAAUUGGCCGAUAUUAUUAAAUCUGCGAAGUCCGUGACACGUCUACGAGAUCAUCAGCGUUGCCGAAAGCAAUACAAGGCGCGCUGUCUCACAUUGAGCCGCGAGCUGGAUGAAGUGGCGUUGGUGCAUAUACAGCUGCAGAGCUUGGCCUUACGCAUAAAUGACAUAUUGAAAUGGUAA